GAAGGAGGCAUGCCAAAAAUAUAUACAGAGUAUGCCUGAACGGUGUGCAGCUGUUAUUAAAGCUAAAGGGCGUUGGACAAACUAUUAAAUCCUUGAAAUAAACAUUACUUUAUAUUAUGUUAUGAUCGCCGUCAAAAUUGGUCGCAUGUACCGUCUGAUUUUGAACGCAUGUCGUAGCAGCUACAUUCAUCCAAUCAGGGCAUGUCAUAUAUCAUUUGAUAGCUUUCGAAAUAAGCUUUCAGAUGAUAUAGCAUACAUGGUAUAUUGGGGCAUACGGAAGUAUGCACAGACGUAAGUUUCCAAAAAGUGAAAACAUGCGACCAAUUUUGACGGCUACUGUAUAU